AUGGCCACGAUGGGUGGGGACCGAAGGCAGAUGAUGGAGGAUGCGGCGGAGGACAAGUUUUCCGAAGGGUUACGUGUCCUCGUUGUGGACGACGACUGCGUCUGCCUCAUGGUACUUGAAGCCCUGUUGCGCCGCUGUAAAUACCAACCAACGACGGUGAUGGAUGGAAAGACGGCGCUCAGGAUGCUCAUGGCGGGGAAGCAGCAGUUCGACCUGGUCAUCACCGACGUGCGCAUGCCGGACAUGGACGGCUUCAAGCUCCUCGAGCUCAUCCGCCUCGAGAUGGAUCUGCCCGUCAUCAUGAUAUCCGUUGAUUGCGACAAGAAGGUUGUGAUGAAGGGGAUAGAUCAUGGCGCGUCCGACUUUAUGGUGAAGCCAGUGCGUACCCAUGAGCUCAAAAACAUAUGGCAACAUGUUCAAAGGUGGAGAAAUCCCAAAGCAAUAAGCCACAUCAGCGAUCAUGACAAUGAUGUCCAGAGAGUUCAACCAGCGACUACUGACAAGAGUAAGUACUCGGGGAAUAAGAGAAAUGUUGGAGAUGAUUCUAGCGAGAACAAUGAGGGCACGCAUAUAUCCGCCAUCCACAGAAAGCCCCGGAUGACAUGGACAAUUGCGCUGCAUAACAAGUUUCUAGAAGCUAUCAACCAGAUCGGCCUUGAUAGUAAGAAUUCACAUCUUGUGCCUCAUUCAUCGACAAUGCUGGUGGCUGCUCGAUAUUUUCAUUAUAAUUUUUAUUACAUAAUUGUAGGGGCUGUUCCAAAAAAGGUAUUGGAGCUGAUGAAUGUGGAUCACCUCAGUAGAGAGAAUAUUGCGAGUCAUCUACAGAAGUAUAGAUUGCACUUAAAAAGAGUUAAGUCAAAUCCCUCUAGUGAUGCAUAUGAAAGAUGGAACUCAUCGUACAACAUGAACAACAAGGGCAAUUUCAUGCAUAAUCACGAACAUGGAAGAUGGAGUGUGUCCUCUGGCGACACUGCCUCUUGGAGUACAAACAAGUAUGGUUCAACGGGUCACUUGGCUCCGCCGAUGAACAUCCAAAGCAACUUCUACACAGGGUCAUACCUCCAUGAUCGUAGAAUGCCAAAGUAUGUUGGGAAACUACCGUCGGAUGCGAGAAGAUUCACAGGUUUUGCUGACCCUCCCGUCAGCCUAUACGACAACAUACCCAAUGAGAUAAUGUCAGAUGAAUUUCCAUCAUUCAAUUAUAGUAAUUCCUAUGCUAACAUCAUGCAUGGCAAGAUAAUGGAGAUAAGCAAAGGCAAAACCCCUUCCAAUCUUCAAAGUUCAUUUGCAAACACAACAGUUGGUGGCGGGAGGUCUCUUGUUGCAUCACAGGUGAACUUCCCACAUAGCAACCAACUAGAGAGAUAUGCAAUGUCAUCUGGCCGGCUACCUCUGCAAAAUGAAAAGGCACCAUUCAUAAGAAACACCACAUCAGUGGGAGGCUUCACUGAGCAAAUGGCACCAUUCAACAUGGCAAGCAACAUAAGCUCAGUAGGAACGAUGUUGAAUGGUAGCUCUACACUUGAUGCAAGUAGAACUUCAACUAAUGAUACUCAUCUGGUCAACAGUGAAAGAACUACUUCGAUGCUUCACACCCUUCAGACAUAUGAUUUCGUCUCAUUGACUCAGCUACAUGAUGGUGGGGAUGGAGCUAGCAGUGUUCCUAUGCAAGAAGGCACACUUAAUCAGCAACCUCUUAAUGAUCAUUUGAAUGAAAUCAGUGCCUUCUCAAUGGAUGAUAUAUUUUCCAACAUGCAUGUGGAAGAUUUCACUGGAGAUGAUGCUAUCGUGGAAGAAGCAUGA